AUGAGUGUUUUCAUGUGGGGAAUUAAUCAUACGAUUAAUGAACUCAGUCACAUACCUGUCCCAGUCAUGCUUAUGCCUGAUGACUUUAAAGCAUUUACUAAAGCCAAAAAGGAUAACCACCUGUUCAACAAAGAGAAUAUGCCAAGUCAUUUCAAGGUAAAGGAAUACUGCCCAAUGGUGUUUCGAAACCUAAGAGAGCGCUUUGGUGUUGAUGAUAUAGAAUACAUGAAUUCCUUAACAAAACAACCAGUGGAGAUUGAUUCGUCUGGUCGUAGUGGUGCCCGUAUGCUGUUAUCGCAAGAUAAAAAGUAUUUCAUUAAGACGUUGGUCAGUGAAGAAGUUGAACAAAUGCAUCAUAUUCUGAAACAGUACCACUCAUACGUUGUUGAGUGCCAUGCCCAGACAUUGUUACCACAAUACUUAGGGAUGUACCGGGUUACUGUGAAUGAUGUUGAGACCUACUUGGUGGUCUUAAGAAAUGUAUUUAGCCCAAGGUUGACCAUCCAUAAAAAAUAUGACCUGAAAGGUUCAACUGUAGACCGGCAAGCAAGUGACAAAGAGAAGGCUAAAGAUCUACCGACACUAAAAGAUAACGAUUUUGUAAAUGAUGGUGUGAUAAUUCAUAUUGGAAGUACUGAGAAGGAAAACUUCAUGAAAAAAUUGAAUGCUGAUACAGAGUUUCUCUCCAGUUUGCACCUGAUGGACUACAGCUUGAUUGUAGGAAUCCAUGAUUGUGAAAAAGCAGAACAAGAAGCUCUUGAAGCACAGCAGCAAGCAGAGUCUGAGGCUGAAAAUGGAGAUAAUGCUGAUGGAGAUACGGAAGACGGUUUGGAAGAAGAAUAUAUCAGUGAUGGAAUAGCUAAUGUGCCAACUCCCCCUGACAGUCCGCAAACAUUUGUUAAUCAACCGUUCAGUGGAGAAGUUGACCCAAAGAUUGAAAUGUUUGCUAUUAAGAGUGGAAAGGAAGACAAACAGGAAAUAUAUUUCCUAGCCAUGGUGGACAUUCUCACCAAGUAUGGAAUGAAGAAACGGACAGCUCAAGCUGCCAAAACUGUCAAGCACGGUGCUGGUGCUGAGAUUUCAACAGUGCGUCCAGACCAGUAUGCCAAGCGAUUUGUGGAGUUCAUUGACCGUUCCAUUGAAUAA